UCAUACAUCAAAAUGGCAGCAAACUCCCGUGUCUUCGUUUAUGGUGGAAAAGGUGCCCUUGGUUCACAAUUGGUGAAUUUUUACAAAUCAAAGAACUGGUGGGUAUUAUCUGCAGAUUUGGCCCCCAACGAGCAAGCAGAUGCUAAUGUCAUCAUCAGUGAGCUGAAUGCCUGGACCCCGCAGUCGGAAGAAGUCUACUCUAAGGUGGAGGAGGCCCUCUCUGGUCAGAAGUUAGAUGCGAUCCUAUGUGUAGCAGGGGGAUGGGCUGGAGGAAAUGCAAAGUCCAAAGACCUGGUGAAGAAUGCUGACCUGAUGAUUAAACAGAGUUGCUGGACAUCAGUCAUCUCAGCUGGAGUUGCUGCCAGGCAUUUAAAGGAGGGUGGCCUACUUCAGCUGACCGGUGCAUACCCUGCGCUAGAAGGAACUGCAGGUAUGAUGGGUUAUGGUAUGGCUAAGGCAGCUGUUCAUCAACUCACCAAAGGUCUUGGUGCUGAUAACAGUGGAUUACCAGCAAACGCUACAGCUCUUGCCAUCCUGCCGGUUACCUUAGAUACACCGAUGAAUAGAAAGUUCAUGGCCAAUGCUGAUUUCUCCUCAUGGACUACAUUGGAAUAUGUAUCAGAAUUAUUGUUCAAAUGGUCUCAGGGAGAGGAUCGUCCAGCUAGUGGGUCUCUGGUCCAGCUUAUCACUAAAGAAGGAAACACAGAACUUGUCGUUUGUUAGAUAUCUUCCACAUGUACACCAGCUGGUUAAUGUACUCUUGGUCUAAAAAUAUUUGGUCUAAUUUCCAGAAGGACAGUCUCCAUUCAGGCUAUACCUUUUUUGGUCCACAUUUCAUCUUGUCUAAAUGAUACUUGGUCAAAUUGCCAAGUUUGAUGACUAUUUGGGCUAAUUUCUCGUUUGGCCUACUUACUAUUUUUUCUAGUAGCUAAAGAAAGAAUUAACUCUAGGUAUAUUACACUAUUAAAAUGAGGUUAACCACACUGGAUAUUAAUCAAACUGGUUUUAAGGCCUAGUGGAAAUUGGACAAUAUAGAAAGUAGAUGAAGUAGUUGUAUGCAAAGGAAAAUUAGACCAGGUUGAUUUUUACUAAUUGUUAAUUAGAGCAAGUGUUUAUAGACCAAACAAUUAUGUACCUACCACCCCACCCCUUCCCAGUCACUACUAUCCAUUAUAUCUCAAUGAGCAUGAUGCCUUCUCUGUUUACCAGUAUUCAUAAUCGGAAAUAUAAUCAGAAAUAUAUUGUAUCAGUGUGAAUUAUACAUGUAUGUAUGUGUGUUUGCUUAUGUGUCAAAGAGUAAUAGCUGUAUGUAAGACAACAGUUGAAGUGGCCGAAUCCUUUCUUCCCCAUUUAAUGUUUCGUCCAGUUAAAUGUAUUCUACGAUUCUUGGAAAAAGAAAAAGAUAAUCAGAUUUGUUAUAUCAACAAACUUGUAUGUCAUCUUUUGUGUAUUUGUAGUAGGAGUAAUAUUUUUGUCGAAAGGCGGGUCAGAAAUCUGUGGGAUAAGUAUGCAGAGACUUGUAAUGAGGUUUGAUUUUAUGUUACAAGAUGGCUUGCAACUUUGUUCAUAAACUCAUUAAAGGAGAAUGAAACCUUUGGAAAAAGAUAACUUGUGUAAAAACAGAAAAAUCAAAGAAAGAUCAACGAAAGUUUGAGAAAAAUCAGACUAAUAAUGAGAAAGUUGUGAGCAUUUGAAUAUUGAGAUCACUAAUGCUAUAGAGAUCCUCCUAUUGGCAAUGCAACGAAGAUGUGUGAUGUCACCUGUGAACAACUCUCCCCAUUACUUUAGUAUAUAUUUCACUUAAACUGUCUCUUUUAUCACAUCUAUCAGUAGAUCAUGUGUUCUUUCAAUAGGAGGGCACGUAACACAGAUUUUUAAAGAAUAUGUCAUGGAUAAAGAGUUUGUAUCACCAUAAGAAAAAGCAAAAAGAGUCAUUUUGGGGGUAUUUUAUAGUCCAUCAAAGGGAAAGUUGUUCACAUGUGACAUCACACAUCCUUGUUGCAUUGCCAAUGUGAGGAUCUCCAUGGCAUUAGUGAUUGCAAUAUUCAAAUGCUCAUAACUUUCUCAUUAUUUGUCUGAUUUUUCUCAAACUUUCUUUGUUCUUAUUCUUUGAUUUUUCUGUUUCGACACAAGCCUACUUGUUCCAAAGGUUUCAUUCUCCUUUAAACAUUACAUGAACCUUUCCUGAUAGUAAUGUUAAGGUGUAUUUGGUAUAACAUGGUAUGUUGAAUGUUUUAUGUAUGUAGUGUAUAAUGUAAUCUUUGUGGCAUUUCUGUCCAAAGUCAUUUAAGACAAUCAGAUGUUAAAGCUUUAAGACAAUGACCAUGUAUGCCCCCCAAAAUACUUAUCUGAAAACAUUCAUAAAUUUAUUUACAAGAUCAUAAGAGGAUGUUAAAAAGGUUGAUAAGACCUUGGUGUAGUUAGAUAAUCAUGGCAUUUGCAUAAAAUUGCUCCAUUUACCAAUUAUAACGAUAAUUGCUCAAUAUACCAAGUUCAUUUUCAACAGAAUUUGAUUUACAAGGUUAUUGGAUCAGAAUGUUAAUUUCUUCUCCAUUUAAGGUAGAGGUGUUAUUUAGGGUGUUGUGUAAACUUUCUAUAUACUUUCUCUUCUCAAAGGCCUACUCAAGGAUGAUUUCAUAGAUUUGAAAAAAAUUAUAUUUACUCAUAGAAUCUUGACCUAUAUUGUACAUUCUAAUGAAAAGGGAAAUAUAUUUACUAUUACAAGUACAGAUCGUGGUAACAGGAUUUCAGAGGUGACUAAGUCAUGUGCACAACUUGCCCCAUCAGUAUUUGUUUUUUAUGUUUCUCCUAAACAUUCCAUACAUUUUUUUUAUAGUACCUGUUAGUUUGUUUGAAAUAGUUGAAUGUAUAUUCAUUCGCCUGAAAAUGUGCUUUCAUCUACUUUUGUGCUAAAUACAUAUUGAUCCAAAUAUUUUUAUAUACUUUAUCAUGGUCUGUUGUACACUAGCUGAAUUGAUUAAUGAAACCAAGUUUGAAACAAUAUGUCUAGUAAUAUCCUGGACUACUUAUUUAUGUGGAAUAGUGUUAUGAAAAAGAUGGGGGAAUACAACCACAUGCAGAAUAACAUUUGCAUGGGUAGUGAUAUUUAACAUCACACUAUUUUAAUUGACGAUAUAACAUAACUAAUUUCCCCAAGCAACCAGUGAUGAGUUUAUUGCUAUAAUCUACACCGAUGGCUUUGACCUUGUGGUGAACCUAGCCCAACAGAUCAUCCAUUAUGAUACUUUUUAGUUAAUAUCUGACUGAAUAUUUAAAUCAUGCCAAUUUUUAAUGAAUUUUCCAUUGAAUUUCUGCGCUUAUUGUAUCCAGCUUCCUGUUUUCUUAUCAUAUCUGUGCUUUGGGUGAUUAUCUUGAGGAAUCAAUUGUAUUCAUUUUGCUUAGAGUAUAUCAUAUGUUAAUUUGUGUAUCUGAUUUUUUAUAACAAGCAUUAUCAUGUAUAAAUUGGAGGAAUAUUGUAAAGAACACAAAUGAGUUAGAGAUUUGUAAGGGCUUCUGGGUCCUGUUUCAUACAGGUUACUAUUACGAUAUGUUAUAUGGAAUCCUUGAUUUUGAUUGGUUGUUAAAGGUCAAGUCCACCCCAGAAAAAUGAAUAAAUAGAGAAAAAUCAAACUAGCAUAACGCUGAAAAUCAAAAUCGGAUGUAAAAUAAAAAAGUUAUGACAUUUUAAAGUUUCACUUAUUUUUCACAAAACAGUGAUAUGCACAACUCAGUGACAUGCAAAUGAGACGAUCAGUGAUGUCCAUCACUCACUUUUUCUUUUGUUUUUUAUUGUUUGAACUAUACAAUAUUUCAUUCUUCACAGAUUUGACAAUAGGGACCAACUCGACUGAAUCAUAUGGUUUUAAGCAAUGCUAGUUCCAACUGUUCAUGGAGGAAUCAGGCGUUGUUUCAUUUGACAAUGAGGAGAAAAUUAAUAUUUCAUAUUUCAUGUAAUAGAAUACAAAAGAAAUAGUGAGUGGAUGACGUCAUCAGUCUCCUCACUUGCAUACCGAACACGAUGUGCAUAUAACUGUUUUGUGAAAUUAAGCAAAACUUUAAAAUGUCAUAACUUUCUUAUUUUACAUCCGAUUUUGAUGAAGUUUUCAGUGUUUUGCUUGUUGGAUUUUUCUCUUUUUUAUUCAAAUCAACUUUUUGUUGGGGUGGACUUGUCCUUUAAGCUCUGUUACCAUGGUAGAUACCAUUGGAUGGCAAAGUUACCAUAAUAGUAACUUUUAUGCAGAGGGAUCAUGUACCAUUAUAUUUUUUUAGUAUGUGCCACUCAUGAAAUGGCUCAGAAGUAACAGUUUGUUUAUACAUUAUGUGAAAGGCUUGGGGUUCAAAACCUACAUGUAGUUUGAUACCUUCUGACUGUCAUAGCUAAUAUAAAGUCAAUCAAAGAUAGUACUGUACUUUGUUCACAGGAAAGGAGUUGUUGAUCAUGAUCAGGCAAAAGCUUCUGAUCAAAGACAUUAUAUGACUUAGCUGAUGGACUCAGCUAAUACAAUAAAUCUUAAUAUAAUUCAAUUCUGGAUAACUGAAAUCAAUUUGGUUUUUAUUUGUAAAGAAAUGUUUUGUGUGGUACAUGUUUGUAGGUUUAGCCAGAAACGUACAUUAUGCUGCAGUGUAAACAAUGAACAUUUUGGUUGAGAGAAAUACACUCGUGAUGAAUACAUCUUCAAGAACUUUUGACCAUUAUAGCAUACAUGUGGAUGUUUUGUGCAAAGGUGGAGUAAGAAAUGAAGAUAAUGAAUAAAUCGUGAUGAUAAGUAUUAGAUCAUUGAAGCAAUAGUGAAUAAAUUUGAUUUGUGGGAAUAUUGGUACGUGGAUGUCUGUCAACCCUGUCUUCCGCUUGAACAAUCAUUAUGAACCUCCAAUAAAUAUCAAUCUAUUCAUUAUGAAA